CUAUCUAAUUAAACAAUAAGGUUCUUCCAUUAUAUAUGUUAGGAUAUCAUCUUUUUAAAAAUUAUUUGUCAUCUGAAAUUUUUUUUUGUUGUUGAAUAAUUGAUUGUUAAUGGUGAACGUUUUAUAAAAAUGCCAACAUUUCAUACAAAAACUAUUGCUGGCAUUUUGGAACCAGUUGCACAACAGGUUUCACGUUUAGUCAUAUUGCAUGAAGAGGCUGAAGAUGGAAAUGCAAUGCCAGAUCUGGAACGACCAGUUCAAGGCGUUAGCAAAGCGGUGGCAAAUCUGGUCAAGGUAGGAAGAGAUACAAUCAAUUCAAGCGAUGAUCAGAUACUACGACAAGAUAUGCCCGCAUCAUUGCAACGUGUUGAACGUGCAUCUCAUUUAUUGGAAGAAGCUUCGGCAAUGUUAAAAAUCGAUCCAUUUUCACAAUCAGCGAGAAAAAAAUUGAUCGAAGGUUCAAGAGGUAUUCUACAAGGUACAUCAUUGCUUCUUACAUGUUUUGAUGAAUCAGAAGUUCGUAAAAUCAUUAGAGAAUGUAAAAAAGUUCUCGAUUAUUUAGCCGUUGCCGAAGUGAUCGAUUCAAUGGAAGAUCUUGUACAAUUUGUUAAAGAUCUAAGUCCAUGUCUGACAAAAGUAUCACGUGAUGUUGAUUAUCGUGAAAAAGAAUUGACUCAUCAAGUACACCGUGAAAUGCUAAGCCGUUCAUUAGAAUCGAUCAAAACAUUGGCACCGGUAUUGAUUUGUGCAAUGAAAAUAUAUGUACAAUUGGUUGCGCAAGGAAAAACCGUACAUGAAGCGGCGGAAAAUCGUAAUUAUCUUGUACAUCGAAUGACAGAUGAAAUCAAUGAAAUUAUACGAGUUCUUCAGCUAACCACAUAUGAUGAAGAUGAGUGGGAGGCUGAUGAUCUCACCCGUUUGAAGAAAGCUUAUAAUGCUAUUUUGAGCAAAUUAGCUCCCGCACAUGAUUGGCUGGAAGAUCCUACCGCGAUGACUGGAGGUGUUGGUGAAAAGUCGGUAAGAUCAAUUAUCGAAAAUGCACGACGAAUUUCCGAUUUGGUAUUGCCCGAAGAUAAGGAUCCGAUUCGAAAAUCUGCUAACGACAUUGAAUCAAUGACUAAUGCUUUAUGUGAGCUUAGAGAUGAAGGGAAAAUUGCCACACCUCAGGCACAAUCACUUGGCCAUAGUAUUAAUAAUCAGCUGAAAAAUCUUAGCAAUUUUGUAAACAAAGCCAUACAGAAUUUAGAGCGAAGUGGAAUUCAAGGUCCAGCACAUACAGUUUCGGGUCGAGUUGAUCAGGCAUCCAAAUGGUUAUCCAAUUUAAGUUUCGAUGAUAAAGGUAUAGGAUCACAGGCAAUCAAAGCCUUGGUACAGGAUGGACGCAAAAUUGGUCAGGGUUGUAAUCCGGCGCAACGUGAAGAUCUUUGCAAUCUUUGUAAUCAGGUUGAAAUGCUUCAGAAACAACUGGAAGAUCUUUGUCGUCGUGGACUUGGCCAUACACCACAAGCUCAAGAAUUAGCACGUAAACUUAAGCUAAAACUUCGUGAAUUAAACAAAAUGAUUGAACAAGCAUUGAUUACACGAGUGGUUGAAGAUUUUAUCGAUAUUGUUACACCGUUGAAACAAUUCACCGAUGCUGUUCAUAUGGCCAAAGGAACACCAAAUCGCGAUAACAAUUUUCAGGAAAAGGCAAACAAUCUAAGUCAAUUUUCGCAACGAGUUGCAAGCACCGCACGAAAUGUUGGUUCGGGUUUGGCUAAAAAUAAACGCUUAGCAGAAGGGCUAAUGAAUUAUUCAAAUCAAAUAGAAAGUCUUACACCACAAUUGAUUAGCGCUGGUAGAAUUCGUUUCACACAUCCGGAUAAUAAAUCUGCUGAUGAACAUUUUGAAAAUUUAAAAUCACAAUACCAAGAAAAUUUGGAACGACUUAGGAAUAUGGUGGAUGAAGCAGUCGAUAGUGUUAGUUUCGUUAAUGCUUCAGAGGAAGCAAUAUUAAAAUAUACCACAUUAUGCGAAAAUUCAAUUGCUAAUCGACAACCGCAGGGUAUGGUUGAAAAUACAUCAAACAUUGCACGUUUGGCCAAUCGUGUUCUAGGAGUAGCUAAACAAGAGGCUGAUAAUUCGGAAGAUCAUAUUUUUAUAUCGAAUGUUAAUCAAUCGGCUGAAAACUUACAACGAUCCAUUACCGGUAUGGUACAGGAUGCUAAAAAUGUUGCCUUAAAUAUCCAUGAUCAACAUAUUGUCAGUAGAUGGAGAGAAUCCAAUAAAAAUCUGAUUAACUGUGUAUCUGAUGUGAAAAACUCAUUAACACCAGAUAUGCCAACCGAUCAAAUGAGUCAAUUAUCGAUCGAUGAUGAACAAUUUAACAAGUUUGACAAUACAACAAAACCAAUUUCCGAUGAUGAAUUUAAAGACAUUUUCUCGUCAUUGGAUGGUUUUAUACCGGAAAAACCAAGACAACCAAUGCCUGAAGUACCUCGAAUGAUGCCAGUACAAGCGGCACCACCGCCAAUAAUGCAUCCAAUAAGUCAGCCAUCACCGCAAAUAAUUGAUCAUCAUCAACAUCAUCAUCAACAUUAUCCAAAUUAUGUUCCUGGUUCUCGUUCAGAUCCAAAUGCUCCACCAAGACCACCACCACCACAGGUGAACAAUAUUGCACCACCUCGACCACCUCCGGUGAUCGAAACAGAUGAUGAAUAUGAUGACCGGUUCCCAACUUUACUGCCUAAUCAACCAAUCAUGAUGGCUGCACAUGAUCUUCAUCAAGAAGUACGACAAUGGUCAAGCAAAGAAAAUGAAAUUAUUGCAGCUGCCAAAAAAAUGGCCAUUCAUAUGGCCCGAUUGAGUACAUUGUGUGGCGGACAAGGUACUAAAAAAGACUUAAUUGCUUGUGCCAAACAAAUUGCAGAAAUGUCAGAAGAAGUAACACGUUUAGCCAAAGAUCAGGCCAAGCUUUGUACGGAUAAACGAAUGAGAACGAAUAUUCUUCAAGUAUGUGAAAGAAUACCUACGAUAGGUACACAAUUAAGAAUAUUAUCAACAGUAAAAGCUACAUUACUUGGAGCUCAAGGAUCACAAGAAGAUCAAGAAGCAACAGAAAUGUUGGUUGGAAAUGCACAAAAUCUAAUGCAGUCGGUAAAAGAGACGGUUCGAGCUUGUGAAGCGGCAUCGAUUAAAAUACGUACCGAUAGUGGUGUUCGAAUGGUAUGGAUUCGAAAACAACCAUGGUACCAAUGAAAAAUACACAUGACCAAACAGCGAUCAACU